AAAGGGCCCUCCUUGCAUGGCGGCGGCGCGAGGCUGCCCACGGGACGAUGCCAAGGCCACAGGUGGUGAAACGUUCGUGUUCAAGCAACCGUGGCUGCUGCUAGCCCACCAGCCAACGGCCUCGCAAACAGCCAGACUGGGACGCGCACGGGUCGUGGUGCUGAGGCUACGCACGGUGCCCCGCAUUUUAGAAUUCGCCAUGCAAAAAGACAUUGUUACCUGCGCUGCCACCGGACGGCACGCCAUGGCCUAACCCAUCAGAAUCCUUUGUGAUGGAUGUGAUAGAGGCUGCCAGCGGCGCCGCCACACGUCACGUCGGCCGUCGAGCGGCAGCCCGAGCGAGCCACAGCCAGCAUGCGAGGGAGUGUGAUGUGAGUGUGAGUGUGCGUGUGCGUGUGCGUGUGCGUGUAUGUGAUGUGAGUGAGUGAGUGAGUGAGUGUGAGU